GUUAAACAAAUUGGUUUAGGUGUUGAAGCGUUUGAUUGGUUCCAAAACUACCUGUCUGACAGAACGCAGUGUGUGGCAAAGGAGGGCAUGAAGUCAGAGUAUCGACAGCUGACAAAGGGGGUUCCUCAAGGGUACAUUUUGGGGCCUGUCCUUUUUACACCGUCUAUAAAUUAUAUUGGUAAUAAUGUAAAAUCUGCAAAUCUCCAUUGUAUGCUUAAAACACAAUAGUUUAUUCCUGUGCCUCUAAAAUGUAGGAUGUUUUUCAGAACUUACAACAAGCAUUUGACAACAUUCAGAAACAACUUCACCAACACAGUUCAUGUUUUUUUUUCCAAUCUCAAGGCAGACAAAUGGAGUCACUUGCUAAUUUUAACUCUAAAUGGUCAACAAAUUUAAAGGGUGUCCUCUUAUAAGUAUCUUGGUAUCUAGAUAGAUGAAAAGCUGAGUUUCAAACAGCACGUUGACAUUUUAUCAAAAAAGCUGACAUUUAAGUUGGGGUUUUAAUUCAGCAAUAAAUAGUGUUUAUCUGUCAGUAAGGAAAGACCUUGUCCAAGGGAUAAAACAAAAAAAAUCUGUGCUUGAGUAUGGUGACAUUGUUUACAUGCAAGACUCAGCCAGCACCCUUAAGAUACUGGACACUGUAUAUCACGGGGCGCUUAGAUUUUUAACAAAUGCAAGGCCACUCACUCAACACUGUGAUCUAUAA